AUGAACUCUGGUAGAAUCAACAUGCGAAAAUAUUCGCAUAUCAUUCGAAAUGGGACCGGUGUUCCGGCCGGCGAUGCCGUAUUGGCCCUGGAUCUAAAGCCAACCAGAAACGAAGUACAUCAGUACAAGCAUGUGAAAACAGCGCGCUUCAAUUUCGACCUCGAGUGUGAAAAGGCCGCUAGCGCUGGUGAUAUAAUUGUCAUGUUCUGCACAUCUUCAAUUCCCAGUUUAAAGAAAGACGGCAGAUACUAUGUCCCGCGGAAUUGCAUUCUAGUGGCGAAGGAAAACUGGGAUGAGUAUUUCGGCCCUUACGCAGCCAGAGCAGGCUUGUUUGCGGAGUUACUUAGGGAGUGA